AUGUCGGAUAGUGACAGCAGACGAUCGACCGGCAGUGGGGUCGUCGACCCGUCCUCCCUCCCUCCUGGCAUCACCCCUGAGUUCGGUCCCUCGGCCGACCCCAAGCGGUACCUCAUAGGACGCGAGAUUGGCGCCGGUGCCACGGCUCGGGUCUUCAAGUGCAAACGACAGAAGGAUGGGAGGGUGUUUGCUGUGAAGUGCCUAUUCGUCCAACGAGCUCGAUUGUCGGAGGAGUUCGACCGAGAGCUAGAUGCCUUGCAUAAGGAGAUAGGGAUACUCUCCCGUCUCAAACAUCGCAACAUCGUAGCCUUGCAUGAUGUUGUCGAGACCCAGACUGCGGUGUACAUCGUUAUGGAGUAUGUUGGUGGUGGCGAGCUUUUUGACUAUGUUGUUGACAAUGACAACUUCAACAACGAGAACGUAAUACGUUUCGUUUUCUGUCAAGUUGUCGACGCCCUCCUCUACCUGCACGUCAACGGUGUUAUCCAUCGCGAUCUCAAGCCAGAGAAUAUUUUGGUGUCUAGCAUUACCACGUCGGUCCCCUCGGGCUACCAAGAGGUGCCUGGUGACAUGCCUGUUUACCCGGUGGUCAAGUUGGCUGACUUUGGUCUGUCUAAAGCGGUACAGAAUGCAUCGAGUUUAGCCAUGACUUGGGUGGGCACCCCUCAGUACUGGGCACCGGAAGUCAUCAAGGCUCAAGAGGAUAAUGUGGGUUACGAUGGCCGCGCGGAUAACUGGAGUCUUGGUGUACUGCUCUAUGUUAUGCUAGGUAAGCGAUAUCCCUUCACUGGCCAACACAUGAAUGACCAAAUACGGAUAGGGCACUUCAAGUUCAAGAAGAUGGACCAUGUUAGUGAAGAUGCGAAGAACUUGGUAUCCAGAUUGAUAGUCGUUAACCCCAACGAUCGGAUCUCACUCGAGGAUGCUCUAGGCCACCCUUGGCUUCGAAAUUUCCCUCCUGCCCAAGCUCUACAGCAGGUGUGGGUUCCGGAAUCUCGUGUACCACAACUCACUGAACUUUACUCUACUCUUACCGCGAGGGCCAUUGGAUAUGAACCGACUAUUAGCAGUGUGCCUUCACAAGUGUUGAAGCCGACGAGCAUCGCGGAAGCUCCGAGCCCGUUGGCUAGUUUUCACGAACCGGGCGAAGACUCCCCUAUGACCAUCGACGACGAUGAGGAUGAUUAUUCCCCGAUCGAUGGGAUGCAGGUCGAACAUUUGGACUCUCGGGGGGACCCGAUGGAGACUAGUGACAUAUCGCAGUCUCGGAGUUCGGCUACACGAGGUGACCGUCAUAAAGAAAAGGAGUACUUGGCAGUUCAAAAUCGUGGAGGAUCUCGCUCGCCCGUGUCUGAUGUCGCCAACAGAGUUGUCGUGCCGAACUUGGCGGCGAAUCUUGGGAAAAAGGCGGCGCAAGAUUUCCGUCUAGAUGAACUUUGCACUGCACAGCUGAACAUUCUGAAGAUCUUUCAGCAAAUUUAUAUACAUUUUCGGCAUCAUCCAGUGGUGGCUCAGCUAGUUCAAGCGAUGAUUUUCGAAGCACGGGAGCUCCAGACGCAGACGACGGUGAUGCUGAGUCGCUGUGGUGACAUUGCGGAGGUGGUUAGAAAGGACCUGUCGGACAUGGUCCUGUUCGCGGAGGAGGGUCUGCCUGAUGAGGCCAUGGCUGGGCUGGAUUCGGUGAAAGCAAAGUUACAAGGAAUGUCGGCGAGCUCUGAGGAGCUGCAUGCGCACUAUGUGGAGUUUGAGGGGAAGGUGCAGAAGAUUAUAGUGGGCUUGCCGACUACUGUUGUUGGAAUACCAUCAGCACAGCAAAGGGAGAUCACUGCUAAGGCUAUAAUGGAUGCUAAGGAAGUCAUUGAUUCUGAUGUAAAGAUGUCUACAGACGGCCCUAAGAUAUCACUCGUGGAGUCUAGUUCGAGCGCCAACGACAGCAGCAAUAUGGGGAAUAGCAGUGGCAGGAGGACACUCAGUCGGCGAUCGAAACGGGCUAAUGAGCGUUUGGAUUCCCUCUUGGAUAGGCUUCGCAACCUGCCCUCUGAUGGGAAGAUUAUUUCAGCGGUGGAUGGUAAAGGUGACGCGAUCGAUUCCGAGGUGGCGGAGUUGCUGGAUUUGCCAUUCCUGGCAGCGGGUUAUGUUGGUGGAUAUUCGGAGAAGCGAAAGAAGCCAGAGUCGAGCUCGGAUGAAUCUGCUGUGGUCUCGGACAAGGAACUUGAAGCACAGGGCGAAAGGGCAGCGUGGUCCGUCUCAGAUGAGACGAUGAAGAAAUCGGAUGAGGAAGAGUCUAUUCCCUCUCGGAAAAGUGACAUGCCUAGUGGCAGCGACUCGGAGGCAACAGCACAGCUGGCGGUGACUCGCAAGCUGGUGAAUAAUGGUGGUUCUGAUCCGACUGCUGCUCUCAUCGCUGAUUCGAUGAGGAAACUGCGAAGAAUCGAUCAGAUCCUCCACAAGGUGACGGUGUUUUGGCAGGGGGUGGAUCAAUCUGUGGCGAAGUUGUCGGAUAUGCGAGAAAAUGCGGCGAGGCUGUUGUCGGGAACGACGAAGUCGGCGCGGAUUCUGGCAGUUUUCAGAGAGAGGGCGCGCGAGAAUAACGAUUUCUGGAAGACCUAUGAGGAUGUGUGCAAGGAGUAUGCGAGGACAUCAGCUCGUCAAAUGCAAGCUUACUUGGAGGAUAUGAACUUGGUCUAUGCACAAGUUGAUGAUUUUGAUUUGAAGUCUGCUGCUGCUGCCGCCGCUGGUCAGGACGGUGAUUCUUCCUCCCCGCCGACGCCCAGUCUAGUUGCUCGACAGGGCUCGGCAGCCUCUAUGAGGCUCGCAUUGGCUGAUACUAGUAGCUGA